AAAUGACCUAAUAAUUGAGUUAAAUUUUAUAAACUGGAAAUGAGUCCCACAGCAUUCUUUGAUUUAUUAUACCAACAUUAUUAUUGUAUUAUAUUUUUCAUGUAUUAAUAAUAUUUUGUACAUUGAAGCACUUUUUGGGCUACAUUUUAUUUAUUUAGAUCUAUUUAUAUUAGGCCUGCACAAUAUUUCAUUCGAACAUUGCCAUCGCAAUGUGCGCGUGCGCAAUAGUCCCAUCGCAGGAUGUGUGUUUAUAUAUAUAUAUAUUUUUUUUGUUUAAAUGGAAACUUUGUUUUUUUCUUCAUAAAAGCAGCAAUUGUGCAGAGACAUGGCUUCCUGGGUCCGUUUUAUAUACACACCAAUCUUCAUCGUUCACAGAUAAACCCCCUGAGCCUGGAUUAAACGGUAUUAUAUGAAUACUAGGUAUGUCCUGAUCACAUAUUUUUGCACCAGUCACCUGACCGAAAAAGUUCUUUUGCUUUGUUGCUCACGCUGCCGAGAAUAGCCUCUCUCACACACAAGGAAUGAGUUGCCACAGCACACUUCAGACUGCACCAAGUUUAACGAUGAUUAACACAUCUGUGCCUUUGAUCGCAAAGCUACUGAGUAGUCGCUGGCCAGAUCAACGCUACAAACCUGUCAAUCAUCGUUAAGUUUAAGUACCAAACGCCAGCUGCACUGGUAACCACGAAAAACAGUUUAGAGGGAGGGUGAGAGGCUGUACUAGCAUGAAGCAGAAAAAGAUAAUUUUUUAAAAAUUCCGAUCUUUCUCACCGAAAUCCGAUCAUCUCCAAAAUGGCACGAUUGGCCUGUUUUCUGAUCAAAUGAUCAGAUCGGGACAUCUCUCAGUGUGGUCAUAGUGAGUUAACCAAAGUCUCCCCAAAUAGAGCAUUCAAGUCAUCUGGUGAAAAUUCUUAGUUUUAAUGGCGCAAUAUAGGACAGCCUCUUUCACACACUCCGAAACACCGGGAAUAUUGCGGGAUUUAACCGUGCAGCAGUUGUAUGUGAAAAGGUCGACUGACACGGAGAUUACGCGGACAUUUCACGGGUCGCGUCUUAGUAUCAUGUCAGGGACUUUCCCGGGAAGCAGUGUGCGUUAAAGCAGGCGUUAAAUUCCCGGGUCAGCAUCAUUGCUGACAGUGUUGUCAGUAAUGCGUUACUAAGUAACGAGUAAUCUAACGCUUUCAUUUUUCCAAGCCAGUAAUCCGAUUAAAAUUAGUUUCCCUAGGUCCUGUGCGUUACUAUUUUGUUUUUGCCUAAUAAUGUACGUAUGUAGAAUGAAGAAUACUGUAGUCAUGUACGAAGAGCAUUUCUUAUUGUGAAAAAAAAAAAAAAACUGUUCACGUGUAUUACGAUGCUGUUUAAGGCUUGUCUGCCACGGCGGUCAACAACAUAGCAUUCUAAUGAAGCAGUGAGGCUAUUAGUGAAAGGCAGGAUAUAUACCGCAAAUGGAUGCCUUUGCUCACUGGAAAUACAGCCAUUACUUCACAUUUCUGUCCAGUAAAGAUGACAAAAAUAUCUCCGUGCGUUGCAAACUUUACGCUGGCUGAAAAAGACUGUCGGCCGCUAAAAACUACAUCCAAUUCAACAAGGAAGCACGUGGAAUUACAGGACAACGCGACAAAACUCGAAAAGCCUACAGGUAACAAGACAACCAGCAUUCUACAGUUUGUAACCAGCCUUUAUGCACAUUUUAUUGCUAGUGUUUGUAACCAUAGGCGGAGUUUGACUUUUGUGGGGCUGGGGGCAAAGCAUGUUGAUGACUGAAACAAAAGUCAAAAGUUUGGACACACCUAAACAUUUUUACGUUUCAUAUAUUUUCACUACUAUUGUAAAUCCUCUCUGAAUAUAUCAAAACUAUGAACGAACAUGUGGAAUGGCAAAAAAAAAGUGAAAUAACUGAAAACAGGUUAUAUAUUCUACAUUCUUCAAAGUGUCCACCUUUGAGGUGUCGCCAAACUUUUGGCCAAUACUGUAUAUAUACAUGUAUAUAAAACUUCGAGCUCAGUUGUUGGUUGCGUUUGAAAGCUUAGGUUUACAGAAAUUCUAAAUACCCAUCUUGCCUCCACAGGUGUAGUUUUGGCUUAGCAAAGCAAAAGCUAGUGUCUUAGGUGCUAGUCACAUGAUCUGCUCGAAAAAUGAUUUUGACCCAUUAUGAAAUACGUUGUAGGAUUCUUGUUCAUUUCAUUAAUUUUUGUUGUUUUAUUGCUUUACAACUUUUAUAGAUAAUAUUUUAACAGCUAGGUCUUUAAUUUAAAGGGGAAGUUCAGAAUUUUUGACAUCAGGUUUUAUGUUGGAGUUAGCGGGGGUUUAUUUAGUCGGAGUUGAUUUGAACAAAUUCCGUGCAGUUUGUCAUUUAUUAGUUUCAGGGCUCCGAGGUGGCUAAGCUAGCGCGAGUCAAUGGUGGUUGAAAUCAACUCCAUCAACUAAUUAAACCCCCGCUAACCCAAAGAUUAAGCCUUAUGUGAAAAAUUCAAUUACAUGCGACGACAUUUUUUGUUGUCAUUUUUAUGUUGAGGCAGCAAAAGGAGAAAAAUUGGUAAAAAGUAACUGAUAAGUUACUUUUAAAGUAACUUAGUUACUUUGAUAAUAAAGUAAUCUGUAAAGUAACUAGAUUACUUUUUUGAGGUGUAAUCAGUAAUCAGUGAUUAAAUUACUUUUUUAAGUAAUCUGUGACAACACUGAUUGCUGAUGAGGUAAAUAUGGUGAGCCGAUCUCGCUGCUGCGGACAUACUUCAAAGCAUAAAACCAUGCAGGGACGCGUUCAAUGGUUUAUUAAAUACAAAAAUACAUGCGAUUGCUGGCUGAAAAGGGAGAAAAACACAAUUGGUCGGUGACAGUAGGUCGACGGGGAUCAAUGAAAUACUAAUCUAAGCGGUAGGCAGAGAGCUGAUAACAACAAAACAACAAACAACAACAAAACAAAGCCGGCGGGAUUCUUGGAUCGCCUGGGGUUCAAUACAGUCUUGAUGAGCUUGAAUUGGCUGCAGUCACAAUAUCAGGAACGCUCUCUUUGGAACAAAACACGAUUUGACCAACAUUGUGACAGCCGAUCCUGAGCAAAAAUGACGUAAUGUCUGGGUUAUAAAAUCACUCCAGCAGCCCGCCCCGCACAGAGAGUGCCAGGGGCAACACGGGACAAGUGUGUGAAAGUGUCCAACCCGCGUCAUUCUCGGGACAUUUUUACAUGCAUGAAAGCAAUGACGCGAGUAAAUCCUGCGUCACCUUUCACGGGAAUUUCGCUGGAUAUAUACCCUACCCACCGACGUCACAAAACCACGUGCUCGCUGUAUGGUUCCGCCCACUUGUCCGUCAUUUUGUCUCUGUAUUAGCAUUGGUUUCAAUUGAUCGAGGAAUUUAAAAUGCAUUUCAUGGAAGACCCGGUGCUUUCUGAUGCCGUAAACUCACUGGAUGUGUUGCAUAAAAGGCGUUAUGUGGAAAAGCUUCGUUCUAUACAGUCGCCAGAUCCAUAUUUGAUGCCUAAAUCGAUGAUUUUUGACCGGCUGCCUUCGCCGUCUCUGCCUGACCCUGAUAUUUACAACUAUCUUGUCCACACAAAAUCAGCCUAUUCUCACGAAAGUUUGAAAAACUUUAAGAGCUUGGAGGCUUAUAAAUGCUACGUUGCUGGUUGGGUGAAACAGGUCCUCGUACACGAAAAUUCGGCAGGAAUCUUGAGCUCGGAAGGUGAGUUACGAAAUGUUCAAUUCAAAAUCUUUUGUUCUUGCUAACAUCCACUGUCAAGUCUAAUGUAUUUCAUGUCAUUUGUCAAUGGAGCUAGGGCUUUUAAUGUUUAUAUGGUUUAGCGAUAGCACUCUCACUACAUACAUACGUGUAUGUUGUCGGCGAUUAGCCUAGCAAUGAUCUUAAUUGUGGUUGUCAGCCCAAAACCCUCUAAAUAUAUAUUAAAUGCAUCUUACCAGAUAUAAAAUGACUACUACAUAAUCUGUGGUAAUCGUUUGGAGCCCAGUUUUCUCGUCGAAUUGCAGCAGCCCAUCUUGCUCUCUCCUCUCCGUGUCUCUCGGAAUCCGGUAGAACUUCAAGUCUCUCCGUCUAUCUUCUCUGUUAUUGCAACCGACCGCCACACACGCCUUCACCAUUUUGAUUAUUAAUGUUAACGAGCAGAAAAACACGCCGUAAAUAGGAGGAAUGUACGUAGCCGUAACAGGUCAACACGAUGUGUUGACGGACAAGUGGGCGGCACCAGUCAGGAGAGCGGAGUUGUGACGUCACGUGGGUAGGGUCUAUAUGUGUGAAAAGGGCUUGUAUCGCAAUAUAUCGCAAACCCCCGAAAAGUCGCAAUGUCAUUUUUUUCCAAUAUCGUUCAGCCCUAAUUUGUAUAACUUUGUUAAUUUUAACAAUCAUUUUCUCUUUUGCUGUAGCGCAGCUAAACCUGUAUCAGAUUUGCUAGUUCCAAAAUCUGUGCGGCCUAGCGCAGCUUUUUGCUGGUCUAGAUUUAAGAUUUGUGGUAAGAAUACAUACCUGGUAAAUUGGAAUCAAAAGGCGUGUUACAUAAAAACUAAACUAACAAGUACAAGUAAUCCAAAACAUUUCUUUUGACUAAUAGUAGUGGUGUAAAAGUGAUAUGGCUGUUAUAUCCACGCCCAUGAACAUAUUUGCCUAGCUCAACUUCCUCAAAAGUCUUGAGUCCACAGAAUCCUGCAGCCUAGGGCACAGACUUCCAGGGGAAUCAUGUCGCACCUCUGCUAAUUUGCCAAGGGAUACUUUAUUUUUUAUUGUUUUUUAGUUCAAUGUACUAAAUGUACUAGUUUUUUCAAUAUGUAUGUCACUGAUACCUGUAUCUAAAGUCAUGCACGUCUCAGAAGAACAAAAGGCUGAAAACCAGCUCGCCAACUUCAGGGUUGGCUGCACUCCAGGCUGGCUUUGUCUUUGGUCCUUCCUGCUCCUCCUGUUGGUCGGGAUUGCCCUGACUGUUUUGCAUCGUCCUCACAACGACUCCACAGAGAAGCCGGGGGACUUAACUGUCGUCAAGCAGGAUGGGUUUACUCUGAUCAUCCAAACGUUCAAGCGAGAUGAUAUUCUCGUGAAAGUCCUCAAACGUUGCCUGGCUGUGCCUCAUCUCCAGAAGAUCCUCAUAGUGUGGAACAAUAUCAACAAACCCCCCUCCCAGAAAUUACGGGAUUCCUUGGGCCCUCAUCGUACUCCCAUCAUCUUUUUGGAGCAAAAGGUCAACAGUAUGCAAAACAGGCUGCAGCCCUUUUCUGAAAUUCAGACUGAUGCCGUGUUGAUGUUGGAUGAUGAUAUCCUGCUCAGCGUAUCUGACAUAAGUUUUGCAUUCAGGAUUUGGAAGCAAUCUCCAGACCAAAUUGUUGGCUUUGUGCCCCGAAGACACGCCGAGACCGCUCCAGGGGUGUACACCUAUGGUGGUAGUGAGCUGUCAGAUCCACAAAACGGAGGAGAGAAAUAUUCCAUGGUGUUGAUCAGCGCUGUGUUCUUCCACCGUCGCUACCUGCAGCUGUAUCAGGAGCAGCCGAAAGAGGUGCACAAUCUGGUGGACGACACCCACAACUGUGACGACAUUGCCAUGAAUUUCGUGGUGGCAAUGCACCUGCGCAAACUCUGGGGUAGCGGCAAGCCUGCGGGAAUUUAUAUCAAACCAAAAAAUAUGGUCAACCUGGAACUGCAAGCCAACAGCGGUUUCAAAGGAUUGUGGCACCGCCCUGACCACUUCAAGCAGAGGUCAUAUUGUCUCACCCGGUUAGCCCAAAUUUAUGGUGUCAUGCCCUUGCAGUUCUCCAACAUCAUGAUGACUCAGUUGACUUAAAAAAGUUAAGGCUUAGGAAAUGCUUGAAUACACUUAAGUAGUUGGAUGAAUAAGCUACUGUGUUUUCUGCACGAUAAGGCGCACUUAAAAGCCUUCACUGUUCUCAAAAGCCGACAGUGAGCCUUAUACACUAUAUGGAUCAAUAAUGGUUAAUAAUGUUAAUAAGGUUAAUAAUAAACAUUCCCUUUAGAACAGCUCUAUCGAUUGGAUGCAUAAGGCAACACUAAGCAUUACUACUGUUACAACUACUACUAUGCCUUAUAUUGGUUAAAAAUGUUAAUAAGGUUAAUAAUAAACAUUCCCUUUAGCACAGCUCUAUCGAUUGGAUGCAUAAUGCAACACUAAACACUACUACUACUAUGCCUUAUAUUGGUUAAUAAUGUUAAUAAGGUUAAUAAUAAACAUUCCCUUUAGCACAGCUCUAUCGACUGUAUGCAUAAUGCAACACUAAGCACUACUACUACUACUACUACUACGACUAUGCCUUAUAUUGGUUAAUAAUGUUAAUAAGGUGAAUAAUAGGGCUGUCAAAAUUAUCGCGUUAACGGGCGGUAAUUAAUUUUUUCAAUUAAUUACGUUAAAAUAUUUGACGCAAUUAAUGCACAUGCCCCCCUCAAACAUUAAAAUGACAGUGUCAUGUCCAUUUGUUACUUGUGUUUUUUUUUGUUGUGUUUUGUCGCCCUCUGCUGGCGCUUGGGUGCAACUGAUUUUAUGGGUUUCAGCACCAUCCAUGAGCAUUGUGUAAUUGUUGACAGCAACGAUGGCGAGCUACUAGUUUAUUUUUUUGUUUGAAAAUUUUACAAAUGUUAUUAAAACGAAAACAUUAAGAGGGGUUUUGAUAUAAAAUUUUUAUAACUUGUACUAACAUUUAUCUUUUAAGAACUACAGGUCUUUCUAUCCAUGGAUUGCUUUAACAGAAUGUUAAUAAUGUUAAUGCCAUCUUGUUGAUUUAUUGUUAUAAUAAACAAAUACAGUACUUAUGUACGGUAUGUUGAAUGUAUAUGUCCGUCUUUCUUAUCUUUCCAUUCCAACAAUAAUUUACAGAAAAAUAUGGCAUAUUUUAUAGAUGGUUUGAAUUGCGAUUAAUUACGAUUAAUUAAUCUUUAAGCUGUGAUUAACUCGAUUAAUAAUUUUAAUCGUUUGACAGCCCUAGUUAAUAAUAAACAUCCCCUUUAGCACAGCUCUAUCGAUUGGAAGCAUAUUGCAACACUAAACACUACUACUACUACUACUACUAUGCCUCAUAUUGGUUAAUAAUGUUAAUAAGGUUAAUAAUAAACAUUCCCUUUAGCACAGCUCUAUCUAGUGGAUGCAUAAUGCAACACUAACCACUACUACUACUACUACUACUUCUACUACGCCUUAUAAUGUGGUGCAUGCUAUCUGAAAACAGUUUUGAAAUCGGCCAUUCAUUGAAGGUGCGCCUUAUACUCGAAUGCGCCGUAUAGCGUGAAAAUACGGUAAAUUUGAAUUAUACAAUUUGAAAUGGUUUUCUUCAUUGAAAAAGAAAAGCAAUCUGAAUGGCAUCAUGUGUAAUUUAACUUAGUUUGAAUCUUGAUGCAUGAAGCAAUAUAUUUUACUCAUCCAAGUCUCAAUAUUCAAAUUCAGAUUGCGGAAUUCAAUUUAAAUUUUGCACGAACACAUACAGCACAUUAGAAAAAACAAUCAAUCGACUAUGACAAAGAUUUCACCAUGCACAGAGAAGAAGAUAUAAAGUGCAGUGAACAGACCCGUAACCCACAACAGAGAGAGCAGAAAAAAACUAACAGGAAUAGAAAGAAAGAAAGAACAAGAUGGGGCUAAUGAGACAAGGUAACUUCCGCUGAUAUGUGACGGUCUUUGCAACCGUCAGUAGAGUUGAAGAUCAGAAAAGACUGGUCUGUUUAUUGUUUCAAAAUUUUGGCUACAGACAUCGUAAAUCCAAAUAAGAUCAGGCAAGGCAAAUGUAUUUGUUUAUCACCAUUCAACACGAGUGCCAAAGAAGGUCCUUCUAAGUUCUUACCCCCCUGAUCCCAGGAUGCUUUGCUGCUGCGGCUACAGCUGAAAGUAAUCAAUUAUUCAAAUUUCAAGAAUGUUUUAACUUUGAUUUUAACUUAUAUGAACAUCCAAUGCAAUAUAUAUUAAACUAAAAAUAAAAAAUGAUGAGCUGAUAUAUUGUAAUUUCAAUCCCGCCAUCUUCAACCCCUUAUCCAAAGUCAGGUCGCGAGGGCAGCAGUUUCAGCAGGGAGCCGCAAACUUCCCUUUCCCUGGCCAAAUUAACUAGCUCUGACUGGGGAAUCCCGAAACCAGUGUCGAGACAUAAUUUCUCCAACUGGUCCUGGGCCUGCCCCGAGGUUUCCUCCCAGCUGGACGUGUCAGCAACACCUCCAUAGGGAGGCGCCUUGGUGGCAUCCGCACCAGAUGCCCUGAUCCUGUAUCCAAUCUCACGUGCCAUUGUUCCCUCAAUCGUGAGCAAGACCCCGAGAUACUUGAACUCUUUCACUUGAGGCAGGACCACCUUCCCUACAUAAUAACCAGAAUUGAUGAUCAUUUCUAGCUUUCUAGUGCCGCGCUGGUUAGUACAUGUACAUGCUAGUACACGUUGACAGAAUGUCACACGGCAACCAGAGAAUAAAAUGUCUUUGGAUAACAUGCUAGCAGAAUGCAUUCUUGGUGUGACAUCGUCUUCUGUUUGAGGAUUUUUUAGUGGGCAGAGCCAUGGCAAUUGAGAAAGGAAGACUAAUUAGGAUGUCAUUUAAUUAUUAAGCCUUUUUUGGAUGGAUUUGUUUCCAAAAUAUGGUCUAGCACUGCUAUCAUUUUAAAGUCACUUAUGGUAGUUUUUCAUUUCACUUUUUAAAUCAGCCUAGCCUAACCUAACCUAACCGUACCGUACCGUACCGUACCGUCCGUCCCACAGAUGUACUUAUAUGAAUUUUACUUUAAUGUACCGUAUUGGCCCGAGUAUAAGUCGGUGUUUUUUGCAUUGAAAUAACACUGAAAAAGAGGGGGUUGUCUUAUAUUCGCGGUCUAGACAUGACUGUGGUCAAAGUUAAUAUGAGAAACUUGAAACUGUUCAGUGUUGCAAUUGUUCAGUUUUGCACAUCAGAUGUUUAAAGAAAAAGUCUGAGGCAAUGUUAUUUAUUUUUAUUGUUUUUCAAAAUAUCUACAGUUCAGAACAUUGUAUUUUCUAUUUUUGAGCAGAAUUCUAGCUUUGUAUAGGCUAAUGUUCCUAUUGUU